UCCAGACCCAUCCAAAAUAUCCCAAAAACUGGGAAAAGCGCGGGUGGGUCACCCCCACCGAAGCCACGGAGCCACAACCCGAAUCCCGUGGUGAGAGCUUUAUUGGGAUCUGCCACCGUGGGAGCGGUGGGACGAGAGCCAGGCUGGCCCACGGGGCUUGGCUCGCUCUCCUUCCCCAACUCCCAAAACUUCCGGAUCAUUCCCAUUCCUGCUCCUCCUCCUGCUGAUCCAGGGAGAGGCAUUCCAAGGGAGGAGGCUCCAUCUCCUCCUCCCCGCCGAGGCCUCGGCGUGCCGGGACAGAGCCGCGUGCCGGCGGGAAGCAGCAUGGCCGAGCGGCUGUCGGAGGAGAAAAUCGCGGAAUUCAAGGAAGCUUUUUCCCUCUUCGACCGCGAUGGCGAUGGCUGCAUCACCACCAAGGAGUUGGGCACCGUCAUGCGCUCGCUGGGCCAGAACCCCACCGAGGCCGAGCUCCAGGACAUGGUGGGUGAGCUGGACGCCGACGGCAGCGGCACCGUGGAUUUCCCGGAGUUCCUGUCGCUGAUGGCGAGGAAGAUGAGGGACACGGACAGCGAGGAGGAGAUCCGCGAGGCGUUCCGGGUCUUCGACAAGGACGGCAACGGCUACAUCAGCGCGGCCGAGCUGCGGCACGUCAUGACCAACCUGGGCGAGAAGCUGACGGACGAGGAGGUGGACGAGAUGAUCAAGGAGGCCGAUUGCAACAACGACGGGCAGGUCAACUACGAGGAGUUUGUGAGGAUGAUGACGGAGAAGUGAUGGCUCCACAGGGAGCAGAGGUUGUGGUGGUUCUACCCCGGCCCCUCCAUCCCCUUCCUCCUUCUCCAGGUUGGAAAAUUCCUCUUUGAUCCCAUUUGGAGCAUCACCAACCAGCGUCUGCUGGGAUACGGAUGGAUUUGGGGUCCCCAUGGGAUGUCUCGUGUCGAUAUUCCGGGGGCAUUCCCUGAAAUCCCCGAGUCCAAUAAAAAACGUUCCCCCCACA